GUCGGGCUGUCUGAAAUGUGCGAGACGCGCUUCAAUGUGUGGGAGGAGCGACUACUCGCGCGUCUGAUAUCUUGUAUCAUGCACACUUCUUGAUCCUCCGUCUUACCGGCGCUCAUGAUUCCUUGAUUCAAUCAUUGAAAAUCUUCAAGAACUGUCCGGCUCACCUCUAACUAACAAACUUCGUGGUACCUGCGACUUUGCCCCAAGAAACUCGACCCAGACUGAAACAAGAGCAAGAUGUGUUACAUAUUUGUGUCGAUCAUAAGAUAACGACGAAAAUUGUGUCAAAUUCGUUUUGAAUAUGCCUUUGGUGAAUUGAUGAACGGACGGGGAGGGUUCUACUUCAAUGAUUGUGCAACGUAUCUACAUUCCACUCCAGGACGAAAUUAGAAUGAUAAUUUCUGCCUUAAACCUAGAAACGGGAAUCCCGGAUAAGAAAUCAAGAUGUAGAUCAUCUUCCUUGACCGAUGGGAUCCUCAUUGAUUCACAACUUUCCAAAUCGUCAUGGAGCAGACUACCAAUUUACAAGGUUACACAAGGCGCUCAAAGCAAGAUUGGGCAUAAACAUCCCGAAAACCAGAAAUGUACGACGAGUUCAAUGAAGCCAGAGGAGUCGGGAAUCCAAGUAGAGAGACCCUUGAAUGCAUUGCACAAGGCCGGCCAACAACAAUGGUUUUACCAAUUAUGUAGAAAACUGUACAUCGGACGAAAAUUAUUUUCAGUGAAGGAAUUGGGCUUGCUUCGGAACGAAAAUGUUGUUGCAGUUCUAAGCGUUGUUCUGCCG